AUCACAAAAUAAGGUUAUAUUUAUGUUUUGACAUCUAAUGAAAAAUCGAAAUUGUUUUAUAAAAAAAAAUAAAAACGCGCCUUUUAUCAAAUAAUUAUUAAAUAUUAGUUAAAGUUUUGAAAAUGUCAUUAUCCAGAUUAACAGUUUUACGAUCAUUUUGUAAGUUUGAAAACAUCAAGUUACUACGAAGAUAUGCCUCGCAUGAUUCAAUAAAUUUGUCUGAUCCGGCUAUUCAAACAUAUUUAAAACAAUUGAUACUAGAACAUGAUAAAUUACAAACAAAACCACGGAAAACAAAUGAAGAAACAAAGCGCCUUCAUCAAAUUAAACCUAUCGUAAAUGUACUUGAGCAAAGAAUAACUCUUUUCGAUAGUAUAGAUUCACUCAAAGAACUUAACAAACGAGAGGGUCAGGACGAGGAAAUAAAAAAAAUGAUCAAAGAAGAAGCUCAAAUAUAUUUAGCAAGAAUGAAAGAGGUUGACAGUGACCUACAAGCUAUACUCUUAGAACCUAAUUUAAGUCAAGGAGGGGUUUUGAUUGAGGUUACAGCUGGUGCAGGUGGACAAGAGUCAAUGCUUUUCGCUAAAGAACUUUUCAAUUUGUACCAGGAAUAUUCUAAAUAUAAAGAUUGGGAAGUUGAUAUAGCUUCAAUUGAAAAAUCCGAUAUUGGCGGUAUCAGAAAGGGAUCAUUAAUAGUUCAGGGUUUGGGAGCACCAGAGUUGAUGAAAAUUGAGGCUGGUGUGCAUCGUGUUCAAAGAAUACCUGUUACCGAGAAAGGAGGCCGUAUACACACAAGUACAGUGUCUGUGGCGGUGUUACCUUUAGCUACAGAAAUUGAACUUGAAAUUCCAGAUAAAGACCUAAAUAUAGAGACUAAGAGAGCAAGUGGUGCUGGCGGCCAACAUGUGAAUACCACAGAUAGUGCUGUCCGUAUCACUCACAUUCCAACAGGAACUGUGGUGGAGUGUCAGGAAGGAAGAUCACAGAUAAAGAACAGACAAAUUGCUUUACAAAAAUUGAGAACAUUGUUGCUACAAAAGCAGGAAGAAGAACAAUCAUCUAAGAUCAAUAAUGAAAGGAAAACACAGAUUGGUUCCAGCAAUAGGAAUGAGAAAAUAAGAACAUACAACUAUCCUCAAGACAGAGUGACCGAGCAUAGAGAUGGUGGUAGUACCACCCACAGCUUAAAGACUUUCAUGGAGGGUGGGGAACAGUUAGAAGAGCUCCAAGAGGCAUUGCUCCGACAUCAGAGAUAUCAAACCGUAAUGGCUGACAUAAAUGACUUUAUUACUAGAUAUAAAGCUGAAAAUAUUUAAAAAAAUUAGAGAAUAAUAAAAACCAUUUUUUAUAUAGAAAAAAUUUAAAUAAUUGAUAAAAAAAAUGAUAAACAAUGUAGGGGCAUUAGAAGUAAAGAGUAGGAGCUUUUCAUGAAAAAAGUCAAAAUAAUUAUCAUGUACAAAGAAAGUUGCUAUUAUUAAACUUCAUAUAUAUUAGUUUAAUUAAAUUAGUAAUAAAAGUCGACUUUUAUGGUUAUAAAUUAUAUAUUGUUUUGUU